CCGAUGCGGCAUGGGGCGUGUCAUGGUUGCACAACUAGGCACCAGAAUAAUCCGUAUCCCCAUCCCGUGGUCCCCAGUAAUGUUUCCAUCUCUUUACGCAUCUUGUUUACUUCUCCCAUUUCGCAUAGUCUUGACGCGCGCUGUCAUUGUGUAUUUGUAGUACCUCUUAAUCGUAAUCACGCGUUUAGCACUUUGUAUUCUAGCAGCAGUACAGUCGGCCCGAGUCAUACCACCCCGGACCCUCACAUACGAUGUUUCCCAGUGUAAAGGAUAGAGCGCGGCAGCUGUUUGGAGAGGCUGCAGUUCCUGACGCUGCUCCUCCGCCUCCAGUCGCGACGGGAAGGAGAGGUGCGCCACUCAAGACUUCUGCCGCGACGAAGGCGGCUCCAGAACCAAAGACGCCCGCGAAAACCUCGAGGUCAAAGAAAGAUGCGCCAGUGGUCGAAGAAACACCAAAAGCCAUAGGCGCAUGGCCAAGUCCUUUCGAUUCGUUCAAGGCGAGAACAUCGCCACCAGAAAAGCCCACACCGUCAACGCCAUCGAAGUCGAGGUCCUCCAAGACAGCUACCGCAUCGAAACCAUCUGCGCCGUCAAAAACCAGCACACCUUCAGCAUCAAAGCCCGAGAAGUCUUCAAAGACCGAAAAGUCGGAAAAGUCAAAAUCUGAAAAGGCCGAGAAGUCGUCCAAAUCAGAGAAGAAAAGUUCGCGACCCAAAACACCCCCAACACUCAAAGCCGUCGCGCCGCCAAAGAAAGCCCCAGAACCCAAGAUUUCUACGCCAUCACGCAAGAAGACCGAAUCAAAACCCGCGCCCAAGCCCAAGGAACCCUCGCGCCCCAAACUCGACACCCGUACCUCGUCCUCGCGCCCAAAGAUGGAGCGAACGUCCUCCUCCUCCUCCCUUGAAGACGACGAAUACAGCGACCUCCGCGCCGCCUGCCUGCGCGAAGCAUCCAACGUCACUGGUCUCAAAGGCAAGAACCUAGCGAUAUCGCUGCGCCAGCGAUCCUCGGGAGGCUGGUACGCAGCGCUGAAAGAUGUCGGUUCGGAUAAAUACCUGAAGAUGUGGAUGAAUCGCGAUAAGACGUUCGAGACGCAAGAUGAGGCUCUGGAGGCAUAUUUGGUGUUUGUUAAGAAGAUGAACACGGAUAUGAAGCUCUUUGGACCGAUGAGCCCUAAACUCGGAUCCGGAAAGAGCAAGGGCUUCUUCUAGAUGUGCGACGAGGAGAG